AUUUGUCUAUGCCUAUCCCUAAAAUUUAUGUCUAAAGCUUUGGACUCACCAAUCUUGUGUAAACUAACACACAAUGCAAUAUAGUACUCCUUAUCUCUUGUACUGAACUGCCCCAUAUUUAAAGAUCCAAAAUUGUUUAUUAUAUGUCCCAUAAUUUUUUCUUUUGGGCCUCAUUCAAUUUUUGCCAUGUCCAAAUUGCUUGGAGAGUUUCUCCAAGAGCAACAAGAACCAUUUGCCUUGGAGAUCUACCUUCUUGAAAGUGGCUAUCUCAAAAGUACUAGUCUUAAUUCAGAAUCCAAUUUCAGUCGUGGCUCGACCAGUUCUUCCAAAAUUAUUAACAGAUCAGCUAGCAAUGGCCUAAAGAGGAGAAAAUAUGGUAUCCCGAGUUGUUCAAAGCUCGUGAAAGGUGUAUUCACCCGGCUCGUGCCCAGUGACAAGAAAUAUAGAAGUGGAGAUCAAAAAAAGAUUGCUGCAGAAAUUAGCAGUUGUGAAGAAGAUGACAAAUUUUCCACAGCAAGCAGCACAGCUGCAGUCAAUUCUUGCUCAGAAAGUGAUGCAAAUGAUGUAUAUUUUUCAAAAGCAGAUGCUGGACAAAAGGGCAAUCAUCUUUCUAUAAAAGAGGUAGCAGCAGACACAAAAUUGAAAUGGAGAGCUGUGGAAGAAAAUAAGCAACACAGCCCUGUAUCAGUGCUAGAAGAAACAGAAACUGAAUCCGAUGAUGGUUCACCACUUCAUUAUAAACAAUACAAUAAUGGGGAAUCCUCAACCUCAUUUUCUCCAUGUAAAGUCAUGAAACCAACAGAUUAUAGUGUCCAAGAACAUCAAAAGCUUAUUGGGUCGAAUUCUUCGUAUCAAUACAUGAAGAACAAAAGGGCCUUUCAAGAAACAAAGCAACUUCUGUUUGACUGUGUGAGGGAGGUGGUAGAAAACCACAGAAAAAAUGAUAAAAGAGGAGAAAAUCUUAAGAAAAUAUUGGGACCUGAGGAACUUUGGAAGAUUGUUUGUGAAAAUGUAUGGUUAUGGAGCCAAGAUUCAAUUAAUGAAGCUAAUAUAAUUGAUUUGCUGCAUUAUGAUUUCUUGGCAUCUACCCAAGAAUGGGGUGAUUAUGAGCAGCAGAAAAAAGAUAUUUCUAUGGAGGUUGGAGAUGCAAUUUUGGACCAGGUUCUGAAUGAGACUAUGGUAAAUUUUGUAACAUGAAAGUAUAUUUCUUAUAGUUGUAAUUAAUUAAUAUUCAACUAUUUAUAUAGUUGUAUCAUUA